CUACAUGUUGGAGAGACAGACGAUUAAUGUAUCGGAUGUUUGCCAGCUUCUCUUGAGCUGCGCUUGCCUUGUGUAGCAUCUUUGUAUUGAGCUUUGAGGUGGAUGCCCCAGUUGUGUUGAUGGGAUGGAGCAGCCUUCCCCAGUAGUUCUUCCUUGCCUUGCCUGACUGCUUGACCAUGUUGUCAGUGAGGAUAGUGACCACUGACCAUUACAUGGCUCCACCGUUACGGAGCCUAGAUGUGUGUCACUCAGACUUCAGAAACAGCCAGGUAAAGAAGGUACCAGUGUUCAGGUUGUUUGGAGCCACACCUGCUGGUCAGAAAACAUGCAUGCAUAUCCAUGGGGUGUUUCCGUAUCUGUACAUCCCUUUCAACCGCACUCAGCCUUGGGAUCUCUACAUACACCAGUUUGCCAGCAGUUUAGACAAAGCUGUCAACAUAGCUCUGGGAAGCGAGCACUCCAACACACAGCAUGUCUACAAAAUUGCCUUAGUCUCUGGAAUCCCCAUGUAUGGUUUCCAUGAGAAGGAACAGCAGUUCCUGAAAAUUUACCUAUACAACCCCAACCUGAUCAGGAGGGUGGCUGAUUUAUUGCAGAGUGGCGCUGUUAUGAAUAAUGUUUUCCAGCCUCAUGAGUCUCACAUACCCUACCCAUUACAGCUCUUCAUUGACUAUAAUCUUUACGGAAUGAACAUGAUACAUGUGGCAGCUGUGAAAUUCAGACAAUGGAGUGAAGAUGGUGAAAAAUUUGCAGACAAUGGCGAUGUCCAGUCCAGUAGACUAAGGAAGUCCUCCUCUGUGUCAUCUACCUCUCCUGCUAAUGACAACUUAGAUAAUACAAACCCUAACCAUCACUGGUUGAAAACUUGGGAUAAGGACAGUGUGCCCAGACCAAUUUUGGAAGACUGA